UGCCUUGGAUUACAGAAGAAGAAGAAGAAGAAGAAGAAGAAGAAGAAGAAGAAGCAGCUGUGACGUUUCUUGUUGUGUCUUCCUUUUUGUCGUGUGGUGGUUGCUUUUAGUGCCAUCCAAGAUGACAACAGCUGCAAGACCAACAUUUGAGCCGGCAAGAGGAGGGAGAGGUAAAGGAGAAGGUGAUUUGAGUGCCCUGUCCAAACAGUACUCCAGUCGAGAUCUUCCGGGUCACACCAAGAUCAAAUACAGGCAACCUACCCAAGAUGCUCCUGAGGAAGUGCGUGCCCGUGACUUCCGCAGGGAGCUGGAGGAGAGGGAGCGAGUAGUUGUACGUGACAAAACCAGAGAGAGGGCACCAAGAGAGCACACCACAUCAUCGUCAUCUUCGUCAUCAUCUUCAAAAAGACCCAGGCUGGAUCAGAUUCCAGCAGCCAACCUUGAUGCUGAUGACCCUCUCACUGAUGAUGAUGAGGAUGAGGACUCUGAGGAGGACAGUGAUGAUGAUGAUGACACAGCAGCUCUUCUGGCAGAACUGGAGAAGAUCAAAAAGGAGCGGGCUGAAGAGCAAGAACGCAAAGAGCGGGAGCGAAAGGCAGAGGAAGAGAGGAUUCGCAUGGAGAACAUCUUGAGUGGAAAUCCACUGAUUAAUUUGGCAGGCCAGCAGCAACAGAUUAACCAGAGUCAGACUACAUUCAGGGUCAAGAGAAGGUGGGAUGAUGAUGUUGUGUUCAAAAACUGCGCCAAAGGUGUGGACGAGGCACGGAAGGAGAAGCGCUUUAUUAAUGACACACUACGCUCUGAGUUCCACAAGAAAUUUAUGGAAAAAUAUGUCAAAUAAAGGACUUUUUGUGUUCAUUUUA